AGGUUGCCGGAUGAACCAGAUUGCCCCAAUGGUGUUGUUGAAGCUUCUCACUUCAACCACCCUCCCCAGGCCAGAAGCAGAGGGAGCCGAUCCAGAGGAGGCCCACGGCAGAUGGAAGCCUUGGCCGGCAGUUCCCAAGCCCGAAGAGGCAAUGGCCGGCCUAGAAGGCAGCCCCCCAAAAAGCCAGACAGAGCUCUCUACGUCCCUAGGGCCAUGCGGAAGAAGCUGGAGGACACGGGACAAGGUAGCUCCAUGGAAGCAUUUGAGAGUGGAUUGCAUUGUAUGAGCAGCAACAAGGAAGAAUGUCAAACAUCUGGCAGUGAAAGGAUUCCAGAUGGACGCAGGUUAUCCAGCAAGACGGAAUAUGAAAACACAAAGUCCCAACCCCCACCCAAGCAAAGACAUUCAGAUGUGGAGUCUGCCAAUCAAAGUGGCAGAGGGGCUCUGGGCUGCCCAGAUGUCUCUUUUUGGAAGGACGCACCGAGGGCGUCUUACCUGGAAAAGCGAGAGAACAUGAAGGUGGCCACAUCAGUAUCCAAAAGUAGUCCGAACCUAUCUGAAAUAGGUACGCAAUGUAAAGAUGACAGAAAUAUUUUUGUCCCAGAAAGCGGUGGGAACUCAGGUCUCCCAGAAGAACUGAUGGAGACUUUUGUUGACGCUCUUUCAAAACUAAGUGGACACUCAACUUCGCCUGAAGGCCAGAAGAUCAAAGGUCCAAAUGUCCAGAAUUUGAGCACAAAGCCAUUCUUUCUUGAAGGUUUGGAUAAAAGUGGCCAGGAUUCCAUUCUGUUAGGAAGCGAUACAUUCCUUCCUGGAAACAGGGAGACAAGUGCUUCAGAUGCUUUUCUGUUGAAAUCUACUCAGGACUUACCCCUCUUUGGAAAUGACCAAAGGACAUGUCUAUGUGCCGACGGAGGAGAGGAGUGCAAACUUCUCCCAGAACUGGGAACGAGAACUGUAGAGUCCUCCAAGGACCACAGUGAGUUGCCGGCGGAAACCCAGCUUCAAGAUUGCACCGUUGCACUUCUGUUGGAGUCUGGCCAAGCCCAGGCACCUGGACUUCUGAAGGAAGACUUCCUGAGAUGGGACAGUUGCAAAACCCCAUCUCGGCUCAAUCCUCAAGCUGAACCCUACUUGCACCCCUCCGUCCCCAAUCCCAACAAAGCCAAGCUACAGUUUGAAAGCCAGAAGAAAGAGCCGGUAGGCCUGGAGGGGCAUCAGUGGCCGGGGGUCGAGCUGUCUGCUGGGGAUAGGAGCACGGGUGUCUCUUCAGCAGAAGGGAAGAGCAGCGUAUUUGAAGAUGAUUGUGGGACAGAACUCUUGCAAGAGAUCACGAAUUAUUUGACCAUAAAAGACAUAAGCAUUGAGAAGAUUCAGUUUGAUUAUUCCAGUUAUGGGGAGGCACAGAUCAACGAAGGAGAUUUUGGCCAUGUGCUGGAGAUCUAUGAUUUUUCCCCAUUGCUAAAAACAGAACAUCUUAUGGAGGCCUUUGCAGAUUUCCAAGAGAGUGGAUUUAAGUUGCAGUGGGUUGAUGACACUCAUGCCCUCGGGAUCUUUUCCAGUUUGGCAGCAGCAUCUCAAGCCCUGGAACAGAACUAUACCUCUGUCAAAAUCCGGCCCCUGAUCCAUGGAACGAGACAGUCGAAAAUCAAGGCGCUUCAGCGACCAAGUAAGAUAUGUAACUGGUUUGGCAUGUCUCCUCCUAAAAGCAGUGGGAGACCUUGUUUGACUUCUGUGCAACUAGAGGUGGCUUUGUGUCUAGCGAUGACUUGCCAACACCAGGGAAGUUCUUGUAGGAGAAUAGAAUAGAAUGGAAUGGAGUAAGAACAGGAACAGAACAG